UGCACCACAAGACCGCUUGUGGCGACCAUAGGAGCUCUACAAAGUGAGCAGACGAGGUUGUGAUAUCAUAGCCUGCACCCCUCCCCCUUUGACACAUUCUCUUGCUCAAGAAGAAUAGCCUCUCUGUCAGCCCUUUCUCUCACACACUUGGUUUCGGGUCAGGAAGGGUGUGGAGUGGUGUUGGGGCCGUGAGGUACAUUAGAUAAGUGCCGUGACAAUUCCCAGCAUGAAUCGUGUUGGGAGAUUGAGCACUACAAUGGUGUGACCAAUCAGAACUGUCGGAAAUCCUUAAGGCCUCUUGAACCUUCGCUGCAUAGAAAUGCUGCUUUUAUUCAUGAUUAAGUUGUACACUGACACUUGGGGAAAAAAAUAAUGUGAAGGAUGUGGAAAUGAAAUGAUCCAUUAGGACACAGAAUUACAUUAAAUGGACAAUAUGUGCUGUAUGCCCUCCCGAACAAGGUGGGCAUGCUCCACACACUGAUGAUUUUUGAAGUUUAUUUGUGAGCAACAUAUAUAUCGAUAACCACGGCCUAAUCACUGUAAGAGCUUUUGCCUCUUUGGACGGGCUGCCACUGUAAAAAUUAGCGUGUGGUAUGACUCCUUAACAAACUUUGGCCAUAUUUACAAAGUCAAGCUACCUUUUUUGCGAACUGCACUAAACAGGAAUCAUCCAUUUUCUGAUCCGCUUUAUCCUCACAAGGGUCACGGGGCGUGCUGGAGCCUAUCCCAGCUGUCUUCGGGCAGUAGACGGGGGACAUCCCCUUACCGGUCGCCAGCCAAUCGCAGGGCACACAGAGAUGAACAACCAUCCGCGCUCACACUCACACCUAGGGACAAUUUAAAAUGUUCAAUCAGCCUGCCAUGCAUCUUUUUGUGAGAGACAUUGAGGCGGCAAAAUAGCAUUUUAUGGCAAAUGUGGAAAUUGUCAAUUCAAAUCCAGCUCGCUUUGUGUUGACACGAGAUGCCUAUUUAAAUUGAAAUUAAGUCUCAUACAGGAUUCGUGACUGCACCUGUCCUGUUUACCUUCAUUCCAGUAAAGACAGUUAAAGUGCUGCAUACACUGACAUAGGAGCAUGGGUGCCGCCAUAGCAACAACCGUUUUGUGAUGCAAAGCAAAUGAGUGGAUACAUUAUCUGUUAUUUUGGGUCAGCUUUGAAAUUGCUUUAUUGACUCAGAGCCGGUAAAUUAAAAGUGCUUGUAGAUUACUUGUUUUCAGUAGCAGUUCCCAAGAACAAUUAAUUGUUAGGUCUUUGAUGACUCUUAACUGUCCAUAAGUGUAAUUGUUCUUUUUGGAAUUUCAUGUGAAUUUUACUUUUUAAAGUGGAAUAAUAUCAUUACAGUUAAGAACCUAAUUCAUGUUACUUUGACACAGAUUCGAAGCUAUUGGCUAAACUGAAACUAAUGCCUUUAUUUUGAAAGUAUUUGUCAUUAUUUAGACAUUCCCACCACGUUUGAUUUGACUUCCUCCUUCAUGUGCGUUGCCUGAAGCUUUUUACCUUGCAGCGACACCCGGUGGCAAACAAUCGGGUCGUCUUUUGAAAGAUGUACAGCAGUUUUCUCAAAUGUGAACUACAUUAACUAUGUCGAAACUUUCUUUUAUUUCGGCGCAUUGUAUGAAACGCACUUGUUUCACCUUAUUUUAAUGUUUAGGGCAAAUCACCUGAUAACAAAGCCUAUUUUGUAGUUUUCUCUUGUCCGACAUGCUCGCCAAAGUUUGGUCGAACUUGGAGCGCACUUUUCGGCCUACGCUACUGUCGGUGACAAUGUGGUGGCAGGCUGCCUUCCCCAUAUCUGUAUCACCCUCAAUGGCUGCUGAUGAUUACAACCCUGUCUCUCUGCGACACAAGUCCAAGAAGAAGAGCCGAGGAGCCAAUGGUGCGAUGAGCAGACGGCGGGUGUCAGUCAAAGAGCUGGGUCAGCCAGACCACCAGGGUUGGUUGUACAAGAAGAAAGAGAGCAAAGGCUUCCUGGGUAUGAAAUGGAAGAAGUUCUGGUUCGUCCUAAAGAAGACUGCAUUAUAUUGGUACACAAAUGCGCAGGCGGAGAAAGCCGAGGGCUACAUUGACCUCACCAACUUCAUGAUCGACCGAGCCAUCGAGUGCAAGAAGAAACAUGCAUUCAAAGCCUGCCACCCACAAGUCAUGAUGUUUUAUUUUGCUGCUGAGAACCAUGAAGAAAUGAACGUAUGGUUGAAUAAGCUCGGGCUUGCCUCCAUUCAUUAUGAGCCCACGGAACGAAACCCAGAAGCUGAAUGUUACAGUGAGGCUAGUGACCAUGAAGAAGCAGAAACCACAGACAUACCUCCGCCACCAUACUGUGAACAGACCCUGCGGGACUCCCUUGCACCAUCUGGUUCUCCUGGGAGUACACAUCAGGGCACUCUUCCUCCACCGUACUCCUCGGCGGUCCCCAGCGAAGCAAACUGCUCGCAUUCCUCACCUCUCAGUACGAUGACGUCGCAGAGUUCAUCCGCCUCAUCUCUCUCCAAACAGCGUCAGUCUUGGUUGGACCUGGUCGCGCAGGUUUCUACUGCUCCCAUAGGCGAAGUGCCAGCGGUGCGCUCAGUCCAGGUGCACUUGCAUGAACCUCCGCCAGAGGAGGAGGAAGCGCCGGAGUGGUGGGCUCCUCUGGAGUUGGCUGGAACAGGGUCCAGUGAGGAAGGAGCGGCAAAGGAGGAGACUUCAGGUGAUCACUGUAACAGCACUGACGAGAUGGAGAAGCUGUAUAUCCACCUGAAGGAGGCCAGCCUAUCGCCAAUAGGAGACCGCAAACCAUCCACCAAACGGGAAUUCAGAGCCUCCUUUGUGAAACGCUGCAAAAAUCACUCCGUUAAUGAGAAACUGCAUCUUAUCAGGACACUGAACAGCACAUUGAAGUCAAAACAGGCAGACCUACAGGCAUUAGAGCAGGUGCUGUCAGACCCUGAGCUGACCUCGGUCAGGUUCCGAGAAUGGAAGGAAUCCAAUGGGCCUUUGGUGCAAGAGAUCUGUGUCCUAAAUGACCAGCAGGUGGAGGCAGAGGCCUUCCAAGAUGGCGCGUCAGUCAUUGCUACUCCGGUGGCUGAGACCAGUUUAUAAAUGCUCCGUUUUAUGCUACUGGCUUUGGGCUCUCACACACACGCACACACACACACACACACACACACACACACACUCUGCUGUUGAAUUUUCAAAUGGGACUACUGUGGACGUCAAAGAUUUUCAAGUAGAAAAUGGAUCCUUAAUUAAUGAAAACUGUUCUGUAUACAGGUUUUCCGAAAUGGAAUCUGUGCAGCCACUCAUAGGUCACAUUGCAAUGUGAAAUGCAUCCUAGUAUUAUUUUUUCCAUUUGAUUUGUAAGAUUAGCAAACAUUGCAGUUGAUUGUUUUUACUUCUUCAGCGUUCGUGUUUCGUGUUGUAUUCUACAUUGCUUUUCACAUGGAAACAGUUGGUCUUGUUAUACAUUUGAUGUAUUUAGAUGGCGUCCGUACUGGAUAUGUUUUUAACAGCUUUCAGUCUCUUAUUGGUGCCAUGCACCUUCUAUGCCUGUUACACCUUUUUAAACAAACUAUUGAGAAGAAUCUCAUCAGAAUGACAGUCUGCACGGAGAGAGGAAUUGCCAUAAAUCAUGAGCAUUUUCACAUUUGAAAGAUUUUUAGAUGAUGUCAAGCAGAACUGUUUUAUCUACACUGUCAUUUAAAAGGCUGUUAUUACUUGCAUAUUGACUUGUUUUCACUGCUGUAAAUUAAACCAAACCAAACAAAUGAAACAUGUAUACAGUAUUUUAGUCCCGACGGAACACUGGCAGUGGGAAACUUGUACCCUGCAUAGAACACUGGUAAACUGCAAAUUUUAAUCAUAGCCUGCUUCAUGUGUCCCUCAACAUAAAUUUGAUGCUUAUUAAAAAAAUAUAUCUUUACAUUGUUUCCCGAGCACAUCAGGAGAAAAAGUGAGAUUAAGUUUGACCGAUAAAAGUUUGGGUAAUACAGAUUUUACCGUGUGUGUGUGCGUGUGUGUGCGUGCGUGUGUAUUUAUUUAUGAAAACUUGACCUAGAGAAAAAAACAAGAGGAUUUAGAAUCAGUGCAAAAUAAUCAUCUAGACACGUUUACCUGCUACUCUGAAAAUGUUAAAUUUGUUGACCAAUGUAAUUAUCACACAAAUCAUGUUGUGAAAUAGUCCAAGUCGCAAUCCAAAAUCAAUGACCUGGGAGUGCGCCAACCUUGGUCUAACUCUCCAAAGUAAUGUCGGCUUUUGAGACUCCUAAAAUUGAGACAUCGACUCUACAGUAUGUCUCUGGGUGACGUAUUUCAAUGUGUAUAAUGAAGCUCUCGAUGAUGAUGACCUUUUGUAACCAGGACAAUAAAACACGACUGUAAAAGCGAA